AUGCGUUUCAUCAAGCUUGCCACCGGCAUUUGCAUCAUUGCAGCCACCAGCUCUGCUGCUCAAUUGAGCCUUGGCCAGACCCAGUCUUACGAGCAGGUCUCCAACAUGACUGUCAGUGCCAUCGUCAAUGACUUCCGCUACAACGGCGAUGUCACCGUCCUCCGUGGCCUCAUCGACAUUGCCUUUGCUGCUUUGCAAUCCGAAGCUGCUAUGGUUGCAUCUUGCCUUCAGUCCAGCAGCACUUCCGCUGGUGCAGCCAGCCCACCUGCUACCUCACCUCCGACUUCCAGUUCCAUUCUCAACCCAGUCAUGCCCAACCCACCACCUCUCAGUGUCCCUGUGCCUGUACCAGCAGGUCUUCCGCCAGCACCUCCGGCCAGUCAGCCCGCCGUACCACCUGUUGCUCCACCUGCUGGUCAACCCACCGCAUCACCUGCCAGUCUACCUGCCAAUGCUGGUCCACCGGCUCCUCCAGCACCUCCAGCCCCUCCAGCCCCACCUGCACUUCCUUCAGGCAACGCACUACCUUCUAGCCCAUUGACCAGUCCAGGCAGCUCUGGCUUCUUGACCUCGAUCAUCCCCAACUCACAAUCGAACGUCAACGGAUCCAUGUCUCUCGGUCUUCCCAUCAGCAGCUCCAACAUCUCAGGUCUUCUAAACGGAGUCGGUCCUCUCAGUCCUCUUACUUCAGGAGGCAGCAACCCAAUCGGCGGACUCGUCUCUGGCGUUGGCGGUGCUGUGACUGGAGCUCUUGGUGGCGUUGCCAAUGGUCUUCCUACUCCCUUGGGUGGCGUCGUCUCAGGUGUCAACAGCGUUGUCGGUGGUGCCCUCUCAGGUGUCGGCGGUCUCGCAUCAGGUGUCGGCAACCUCGCUGGCGGUGUCCUCUCUGGCGUUGGAGGUGUCGUCUCAAAUGUUGGCGGUGCUGUCUCAAACGUUGGCGCAGGCGUCGGAGGUGCUGUUACUGGUGUUGGAGGCGCUGUCACUGGCGUGGUCGGCGGCGUUGCUGGAGCUCUACCUACACCCCUUGGCGGCGUUGUCUCUGGUGUCGCAAAUGCAGCUGGCGGUGCUGUCUCUGGGGCUGGAGCAGCCGUCUCAGGUGUCGCCGGCGGUCUUGGAGGAGCUGUGGGUGGUCUCCUCGGUGGUCUUCUUGGAGGUGGAGCCUUGCCAUCAUCUAUCACUGGUACACCCAGCCCAGUUUCUGGAGUCCUUGUCAGUGCUACCAACGGAGCCGUCGCCACUUGUACAGAUCUCGUCUGCCUUCAAGCAUCCCUUCCAGGACUCUUGGGUUUGAAUCUCGCUGCCGUUCCGACUGGAGGCUCAGGUGGAUCUGCACUCAACGUUGGUGUCAAGAUUCUCGGAGGUGGCAAUGCACCUGCUGCCGCACCAGCUGUCACUACAAACAUCAACGCCAUCAUCUCUGCCGCCAGUCAGGUCUCUUCGGUCGUUGGAGCCAGUCAAUGCAGCAACCUCAUCUGUCUUCAGGCUUCCCUUCCUGGUGUCAUCAGUCUGAGCGCUGGUGCCAUUCCAACAUCCGGUGCAAACCUCGGCAACCUUCUCGGUGUUGGUCUCAACCUCUUCGGUGGCGGUCAAGCACCCACUAUGGCCACUGUCUCUGCAGGCACAGGUUCGGCACUCGUCGCUGCUGUCACGACUUCAGUCUCAAUCACCCCUACAUCAGUGGCUGGACAACCUGCACCAACUGGAUCAUGGAUUCCUGUCACCUCAUGGAUGUACGUUGCUCCCGCUGGCCUGGGUGGUCUGCUCUGA